AUGCCGAGCCCUUCGAUCUCAUCAAAGGCCACUGGCAACUCUGAUGAAGACCACUCAGAUGAUCCCAACACAAGUGAUGAUCAGCCAGAUACCAAUAUCUUCAAUUGUCACCUAUACGGCUCAACCACGGGGUCUUCCAGCUGUUCCAACUCCGAUGACAGCAAUGAGCGCUGUUCUGAUGCCGAUGAUAAAGAUGAAAACGACUCCUGCUCAGAAGAAGAUUCCUACCUGAUCAGCUCGAGUUACAACCAUCGCAAACCAUCCAACUCCAGUGAAGAAAGUGAAGAUGGCUCAGAUGCUACCGACUCUGACAAAGAGCAUGUUGACUAUUUGGCCUCAAAUGAAAAUAACUCAUCCUCAAACAAAGAUGAUUCUUCUCAUAGCAAACAUCACCUUGCUUGUAGUGAUGAUGAUGAUCCACUUACGUCCAACUACUCCGAGUACAGUGGAUCCGAUGAUGAAGAUGAUGACUUUUUCCAACAGCGUGAUUCUGAUUCUGAUUCCAGCAACGACUCAUCCAGCGGCGCUUCGACUAGUAACUCGGAAAAGAAAAUCCUCCAGAAACUUCUGGCCUUGGGACACAGAGGUCCCCAAAUUAUCAAGAUUCUAAAACAGGAUCAUGGAGUGAUCAUGUCACUUCGGACACUAUCUUGA